UUAGCGCUAAGCGAGACAAGUUCAAUCAGUAAGCAAAGUCGGUUGCAUUAAAAAGAAAAUAUAUAUAUAUAAGGGAAAAAUAUUUUUUAAAAAGCCGGUUGUAACAAAAUAAUAACAAACCAUGUUAGAGGCAUGCUUUGUCGCUUGCUUAUUGCAAAUUUUUGCACUAGCACGAGCGGAAGAAAAAUACAGCGUUAUCGGUCCUGGCACUAUACACUCGAAUGGCAAGUAUACUGUCGCGGUAGCUGCUCAUCACGUUGUCGAGCCAUGUCAAAUUCAAGUUGGUCUAACUGGGCCCUCUUACAACAAUAGUAAAAUAGUAGAAUUAUCGGAUUUUGAAGUGAAAAAUGUUGAUUUCGAUCUACCCGUUCUGGAGAAGGGUGAUUACAAUCUGACGGCAGCAGGUCUCAACUGUAUGAAAAUGUUUAAGAAUUCAACUAAAUUGAAUUACAGCAAAUUUCACACUAACGUGCGAGUGCAAACAGAUAAGGGUUUGUAUAAACCAGGCGAUGUAAUCAACUAUCGUGUUAUUUUUUUGGAUAAAGAUUUAAGGCCGGAUAAACCGAUAAAAGAAGCUAAGAUAUACGUUGAGGAUGGUAAACGUAAUCGCAUUAAAGAAAUCAAAGAUUUUAAUGUCGUGCAAGGUGUUUAUACCGGCAAAUUUCAAAUUUCCGAAUAUCCAGUUACUGGCGGCUGGCGCCUGGGUGUAAGCAAUGGUGGCCGUUAUGAUCACAUGGUCUAUUUUGAUGUAGACAAAUACGUGUUACCCAAAUAUGUUGUAAAAGUCGAGUCCACCGAAAGAGUUUCCGUCAAGGAUGGCGACAUGCAAGUAAUUGUUAGAGCUAACUACACCUAUGGCAAACCUUUAAAUGCAAAAGUCACUCUGCUAGUUAACCUUAAUGUAAAUCGCUACUACUAUCGUGGCGAUAGUGAGACUGAGGAAACACCAAAAAAUCCACCGACCAUCAUCAAAACUGCGCCUAUGAUUCAUGGUAAAUCUAAAAUAGAUCUCAAUGUUAAGGAAUAUGAAGCAUUUAUGGACUCAAAGACGUCGCCCAGUUACUUAUCGAUUGUAGCUACAGUUGAAGAAGAAUUUACAGGUGUGAAAAUCAAUGCAACAAGCGGUUCCACUGUGUAUCCUUACCGUUAUUCCAUGAAUUGUAUUAGUUAUGACACAUGCUCGGUUUUUCAAGCCGAUAAGGAAGCAGAAGUCGAAUUUCAAAUAGUUUAUGUGGAUGGAACUCAUUUUAACGAUACCAAAUCACCAGUUGAGCUGAUCUACACAGAAGUUUUGAAUAAAUAUCGUGUUUGGUAUCCGGAUUCUGAUGAAGAAAAUUCUAAAGAGGCUGAUACAGAACCUGUUUCUGAGAAUCGUACUUUCCAUUUUACAAGUCACAUGAACGAAAGCAGUAUAGCAGUUUUUAAAGUCUCACUACCGGAUCUAAAGGAUUAUCGAAAGCAUGCACAUUUUUAUAAAAUGGAAUUGAAAUACCGGGAUGAACAACGUGAACUUUACAGUACAUACCAAUACAGAGAACCAAAGAAUCUGGAUCCUUUAUCAGCUGAAGAAAAUGAUAAACUUAAAGAAUUUUUCCAACUAGAGUACAAACGUUAUGAUGACAAGAUCGAACUAAAUAAAGAAAGCCAAUUCACGGUGAAUUCCAGCCAGCCUUUGUUGUACGUCGUGUAUAAUGUGGUGGGACGUGGUAAUAUUUUAAAAAGCGAUCGCAUCGACUUACCGCACAAACCUAAAUUCCAUAACAUUUCAUUAAUCCCAACCGAAAUGUGGGCUCCAAGCUUCGCUUUAUAUGUGUAUUACGUAAAUGAGAAGGGUGAAUAUCACUACGCUGAACAACGGUACUAUGUUCAAUAUACACUGCAGAAUCAGAUUAAUAUAACUGCACCCGAACAAGUAAAACCCGGUGAAAAUGUAACUUUAAAAAUAAAAACAGCUCCCAACUCAUUUGUAGGUUUGACAGCAGUUGAUCAAAGUGUUUUAUUGCUAAGAUCUAAUAAUGACUUACGUCCUCACGAAUUCGACUGGGUUUUAAGUAGUUACACCACUACAACUCCACACCAAGGUGGUUAUUCAGACUAUCCAGGUUGGAGUAGCGGAGUGGUGACCCUAACCAACGCUGACUAUUUCUAUAAUUGGACUAAGCCGGAGUAUCUUUCGACUCCCAUUUCGGCGCAACUAGACUCAGAACUUAAUAAUCGAAUUUUUACUAAAUCUGGUGUACAGGAUUCUGGCAUUUUGGGAGCUGCGGGAAGACCGGGAAUGGCAGAAGCAGAUUUAGGUUCUGGAUUUGCCGCUAGUAGGUCUGAAGUACAAGUGCGUAAAGAUUUCUCAGAAACCUGGUUAUUUGAUAAUAUCGAGAAUACCAACGAAGAAGAGUUUAGCUAUGAGGCAAAGAUACCCGAUACUAUAACUUCGUGGCUUAUUAGCGGUUUUUCAAUGAAUCCUAACAGAGGUCUGGGCAUCACAGCAGACAAAACGAAAGUGGUUACAUUUCAACCUUUCUUUAUAUCUAUUCGUUUGCCUUAUUCCGUAAAACGUGGCGAAAUUAUCAAUGUACCUGCCUUAGUAUUCAAUUAUCUAAACAAAGAUUUAGAUGUCGAGGUCAUCUUAGACAAUAACGAUGGUGAAUAUGAAUUUAUGGACAUCACAAAUGAAGUACACAAUGAUGAAAAACAGGUGAAAAAAACAAUUCGAGUACCGGCUCAUGGAGCUGCUGGGGUCUCCUUCAUGUUAAGACCCAAAAUUAUCGGUAAUGUGAUGUUAAAAUAUCUAGCUACAUCCUCAUUAGCCGGUGACGGCAUACAUAAAACUAUGAAAGUAGUUCCUGAAGGUGUAACACAAUAUGCUAACCGAGCUUAUUUUGUGAAUUUAAAAAAACAAUCAGAGGAGAAAACCAACUUUGAGUUGCAAUUGCCGGAUGAUGUGGUGCCGGAUUCGCAAUACGUUGAAGUUGGUGUUAUGGGUGAUCUAUUAGGUCCAGUACUUAAUAAUCUGGAUAACUUAGUACGCAAACCAACAGGUUGUGCUGAACAGACCAUGUCCAAGUUACUUCCGAACUAUAUAGUAUUGAAAUAUAUGCAGCACAUCAACCAAUUAACACCCAGCUUGGAAAAAAGAUUACUUUAUAACAUAGAAAGUGGUUAUCAGAAUAUGUUAAACUUCCGACUUAAAGAUGGCUCUUUCAGUGCGUUUGGUUUACCACAAUAUUAUCGUGAUGAAAAAAAACCCACUAAUGGGUCAACAUGGUUAACUGCCUAUAUAAUACGUUCUUUUAUUCAACUUAGAGAAUUUGUGAAUGUUGAUGAGCGAGUGAUCAAUGAGGGCUUGGAAUACAUGGUUAAAAAUCAAGCAAAAAAUGGCAGUUUUGUCGACAAGGGAAAUUUUUAUUACGGCGGUAAUCGAGACAUCAUUUCAUUAACAUCUACCGUUGUAUUAGCUUUCUUGCAAAAUAAGACCAUCGCGGACCAACAUAAAGAUAUGAUACAAAAAGGUUUAGAUUUUGUAUCUAAAAAUAUCGAUAAGCCCAAAACAUUAAAAGAUCAAAUUCUUGGCACACAUAUUCUUCAGAAAGGUCAACAUCCGCAAGCAGAGGAAGAAUUGAACAAAGUUAGAAAUUUAGCCAAAACCGAAGGAGAUCGAAUGUGGUGGUCAGAGUCGGACGAUAAACGUAAAACACAUCGCUGGUGGUAUUACGUUUUCUCGAAUGAUGUGGAGAUAACUGCGUACAACUUGUUAACUCUGCUAGAUCAAGCGGCUACUACAGUCGAUGAUGUACUGCCCAUCAUAAAAUGGUUGAUAGCCCAGCGUAAUAGCUAUGGUGGCUUUUCUUCUACUCAAGAUACUAUCGUAGGCUUGCAGGCCAUUAUUAAAUUCGCAGAGAAGGCUAAUUAUAAAGCCGCAAAAAUGGAUAUUGAAAUUGAAGCGGAAGGGGAUAUGCCCAAGAAAGAAACCUUACAACUAAAUGAGGAAAAUGGUGUACUUUAUCAAACACUAGAGAUGCCCGCUAAAACUUCACAUAUCGAUUUCACCGCAAAAGGGGCCGGCUCCGCCUUGGUACAGAUAUCUUACCAAUACAAUAUCUUCGAGAAAGAUCCACAGCCCAGUUUUAGCAUCAAUACUCAGAAACAUGACAGCAGUUUGUCAGGUAAACUGCUAAUGGAUGUCUGCGUAGAUUACAUAGGAGAAGGCGAUUCGUCCAAUAUGGCAUUGUUGGAAAUUUCUUUACCUUCUGGUUUUGUUAUCGAUGAAGAUUCGCUUGAAAAUUUAAAACAAAUUGAAGGAGCUAGCAAUGUCGAAGUGAAAAAUUCUGCAUCCCUUCUGGUCAUUUAUUUCGAUCACCUGCACAAAAAUAAGCAAAAAUGUGUAACCAUUGAAGCCUUUAAAAGUCAUGCUGUGGCCUUGCAAAAACCUGCUUCUAUUCUUUUAUAUGAUUACUAUGAUACGAACAAAAAAGUGACGAGCUUCUAUGAGGUCGCGUCCAAAUUAUGUGAUAUCUGUGACGGUGAAGAAGAGUGCAGUAAAUGUACAUGAGUAGUUUAGAGCGAAAAUUUUGUUUGUUUUUAUUAAAAUUAUUAAUGUUUAUUAUUAUAUGUUUAAAGAAAUCAAAAUCGCAAUCAUAAUAAGAUGGCGCAUUUACUUUAGCAUUCGUACUCACCACUGAGAGUACGUGGUAA